AUGAUUGAAUAUCCACAGUCUUCUGGAUUGCAGAAUAACUCAGGAAUGAGUCAAGGAAAUUACAGUCAGUCAUUCUCUGCUACUGGAAACACAGGAGGCAUGAGAGAGGUUGACACGAUCAACAAAGGUAAAAAUGUGAUCAAUUCAACAGGAGGACCAAUGGUGAAUAUUGCUCAUUUUCAUGAGUUUUCAGGUACUACUUUUGCUCUUGGUUCUUGGAUAACAGAAGAGAUUAGUACACGUACUAUUCCUGGUAUAGAUGAUUCUGUUUCUCAAUCUUUUCUUAUUAAUUCCUUCAAUGAGCAUUCUGAUUCUCAUGAUGAUCAUUCUGAUUCUUAUAAUGAUCAUUCUGUUGAACGAAAUUCACAGGAUACUUUUAUUCCAGCUUCUCCUCCUCCUUUAAGGAGAAGUGACAGGAUCAGAAAACCACCUGCUUCAUUAGAGGAUUUUUAUACCUUUCACUCGACAGGGGAUAAUGUUCUAAGGCUGGCAGUGAUUGAUACAAUGUUCAUUGAACAUUUAAUUCGUUUGCUACAACUUCCAGUGUCUGAUAUAACAGAAGAAGUUGUGACGGCUGUUUUAAAUGUCAUCUCUGGCGGAAUUGGCCACGGGAUUCCGGGUUUGGACGGCUUUGUAAAGCCAUUAUGUAAUCUUCUUGAGUGCAAUGAUCCUAGGAUCGUUAUCGUUUGUCUAGAGGCGCUUGUACGCAUUUGUGAGUCCAGUGAAGUGGAAAAGUGCUACAAUUCCUUUGCCAAAUUGGUUGAUGAUGCUGGAGGCUUGGAUAAAGUCAAGGCCAUGCAGUCACAUGAGAACCGUGAAAUCCGCGAGAGAGCGUUGAAAGUAUGGGAGCCGUUGUAUAGCGAGGCGCUAACUGUAUGGAAAUACUUUGAAAAGAUGGGCGGGACUUUUGUGUUUAAUGUGAAGCGCUAA